GUCCCUUCCUGUGUCCACUCACCCCACCCCACCCCACUCCACAGCCCCUGUACUCCCAGACAAGAUGGCUCAGGAAGAGGCGCUGGCCCGGGUCGGGGCAUCCCACGGCAUUAAGGACCUAGCAGGCAAACUCCACUUCUAUGACUGCUGGGCCCCAGACUACGACCAGGACUUGGCUGCCCUGCACUACCGCGCCCCCCGCCUCGCUGUGGACUGCCUCACCCAGGCCGUCUGGGAUCUGCCCCACAGCGCCCUCAUCCUAGAUGUGGCCUGUGGUACCGGCCUGGUGGCUGUGGAGCUGCAGGCUCGGGGAUUCCUCCGGCUGCACGGAGUGGAUGGGAGCCCCAGAAUGCUGCAGCAGGCCCAGGCCCGAGGCCUCUACCAGCAACUUCAGCUCUGCACCCUAGGCCAGGAGCCUCUGCCCAGCCCAGCAGGGACCUUCGAUGCUGUGCUGGUGGUGGGCGCCCUCAGCGAGGGCCAGGUGCCCUGCAGUGCCAUCCCAGAGCUCCUACGCGUCACCAAGCCAGGUGGGCUGGUGUGUCUGACCACCAGGACCAAUCCAUCCAACCUCAAGUACAAGGCAGCUCUGGAGGCCACCCUGGACAGGUUAGAGCAGGCCGGGGCGUGGACGUGCCUGGUGGCCCAGCCUGUGGACCGCUGGGAGCUGGCCACCUCUGAGUCGGAGCUUGUGCUUGGGGCCUCUGCUCAGGAUGGCUUCAUCUCUGGCAUCAUCUAUCUGUACCGAAAGCAGCAGGAGACCACCCAGGGUUGAGAGAGAGAGAGAGGCCUGGUCCCCAGCCCUCCCCCAUCCUCGCGACUGUCCCCUGACCUUAUAGGUGGCCCUGGCCAGGCCCACCCCACUGCCUCGCCUGUGACCCAGGGCUGCUGGGCCCACUCCACCACCCCACACAGGAGUGCUCUGCCUGUCCUAUGAGCUCUCCAGAGGGGUGAGAGGAUUUCCAGAACAUUCAUUCUGGGGGUUCAGGAUGCUGCAGGUUGGGGAAAAAGGUGGCAUUGCAAUGCAGCAGGUUAAGCUACUGCUGGAGAUGCUGGCGUCC